CUACAAAUUACAAACGCGUGCCAAAUCCCAAUCCUCACACUCACUCGAAUCUUCACGCUUCUCUGCCUAGGGUUUUCACAACCCCCCAUCUAUCUCUCUCUCUCGACACACCGAUGGCCGAGGAGUUACAGUACUCGUCCGGCAACGAUUCUGCCACCAACAAGAGGAAGUAUGAGGACCAGCUGAUGACGCCUCCGUCGGCCGGUACACGACGGCCCACCGGCUUCUCUGCUCCGAUCUCGUCGCAGUCGCCGGAUUCCGGCAAUCCGCCUUCUUCUUACAACAGCGUUCCACCACCGGUCGAUGAAAUCCAGCUGGCGAAGCAGAAAGCGCAGGAGAUCGCCGCUCGUCUUUUCAACAACGCCGAAGCGAAGCGUCCGAGGGUUGAGAAUGGUGGUGGUGGUUUCGAUUCGAACGAUGUUAAAGGUUUCAGCUCCGUUCCGACUGAAUUUGGGCAGAAGCCUAUGAUUCCGAAUAUGACUCCUUCAUCAAUACCGGUUUCAUAUGGUUUCCAGACAAGCAAAAAGAUUGAUAUUCCGAAUGGCAGGGUUGGUGUGAUUAUUGGCAAAAGUGGAGAGACUAUCAAGUAUCUUCAGCUGCAGUCUGGAGCUAAGAUUCAAGUAACUAGGGAUAUGGAUGCAGAUCCUAAUUCCCUAACUAGGAUGGUCGAGCUCACGGGUACUCAGGAGCAAAUAGACAAAGCUGAACAGUUUAUAAAUGAUGUUCUUGCGGAGGCUGAAGCAGGCGGUUCUGGUAUAGUUUCUAGAAGGGUAACUGGACAACAAGCUGGGUCUGAACAAUUUGUUAUGUUUGUUCCAAACAACAAGGUUGGUCUUGUAAUUGGCAAAGGAGGCGAAACCAUAAAAAAUAUGCAAGCCAGUUCAGGAGCACGUAUUCAGGUGAUACCUUUGCAUCUGGCUCCAGGUGACACAUCAACAGAGAGGAAAGUACAGAUAGAUGGCACCAGUGAACAGGUUGAAACUGCGAAACAGCUGGUCAAUGAAGUAAUCAGUCAGAAUUCCCGUAUGCGAAAUCCAGCAAUGGCUGGAGGAUAUCCUCAGCAAGGUUACCAAGCACAAGCUCCCACAAGCUGGGCCUCUUCUGCUCCUCAAAUGCAACAACCCGGUUAUGGUUAUGCACAACCUGGAGCAUACCCUGGACCAUCACCACAAUAUGGCAUGUCUCAACCACCAUACACUGGUUAUCCUCAACAAGCUACAUCUGGUGGAUAUGCUACUGGCUGGGACCAGACAGCUGCCCCACCAAACCAGCAGACUGCUCAGGGGGGUGGUUAUGAUUACUACAGCCAGCAGCCGCCUCAGCAACAAGCCUCUGGUGGGUCAUCAGCCCCUGCAGAUAAUACCAGUUAUGGAUACAACCAACCACAGGCUUCUGGCUAUAAUCAACAAGGGCAAGGGUAUCCUCACAACGGUUAUGGUGGGUAUAAUGCACCUGCUGCCCAACCUGGUUAUGGACAGCAGCAGCCAAAUCCUCAUACAGGGUAUGAUCAGCAGCAUGGUUAUAAUUCUACUACUGGUUAUGGUAAUGUGACCAACCCAACACCGGACGGUCAGGCACCUUCGUAUGGAGCUCAAGGGGAUACCAACCAAGCACCUCCACCUGUUCAGUCAUCUACGAUGGGCCAACAAGGAUACAGUGCUGGUCAGCAGCCUAGCUCCAGCCCUGCUAGUUAUCCGCCUCAAGGAUCUACCCAGCCAGGUUAUGGAGUGCCGCCAACAUCCCAGACAGGUUAUGGGACUCAGCAGCCUACUGGAUAUGCCCCUAACUACGGAACACCUCAGGCUCAGAAGCCUCCAGCCAAUCAAACAGCUUAUGGGCAGGCCCAACAGUCACCAGGUGUCCAAGGAGGCUAUGCCCAGCCUGGGUAUCCCCAUUCUCAGCCAGCUCCUACUCAAACUGGUUAUGCUCAAACGGAUUCCGGUGCCCAGCGAGCUCCACCCUCUGGGUAUGGCACUGCAACAGCUCAACCAGGAUAUGGAGCCCCACCUUACGGUGCUCCGCCAGUCGCUCAGCCAGGUUAUGGGCAGCAGCAGCAGCCACCACCAUAUAACAGCUCUUACGGUGGUGGUUAUUCACAGGUUCCAGCAUAUCCUACUGAUGGCAGUGCAGCUCCAGCUUCUCAGGCUGUGCAGUCUGGCAGUGUUGCCAAGACCUCACCCCAGGGUUGAUGUGUGGUGAGUGGGUUAUGGUUAAGUCAUUACUUGUGCUUGUCAGUGUUUCUGUAUGCCUUCCAUAUAUUGAAUCAUGAGGAUAGCUUAGUGAUAUUGAGUUAAUUUUCGAUUCUUAUUGUUUGUUUUGGUCCGGACUUCGUUCAGCUGUUAUAGUUAAUGAUUCUGCAUUGAGUACUUAGAUGAAGAACUGGUUGACAUUUUAUUGUGUUACAUGUUAGAGCUUUCGGGUAUUGGUCGGUUGCAAGCGCUCGAUUGAUCAACUAUUCUGAAAUUGCAAACAAGGAUAAAAUGUGACUAUUGGUUGGUUUUCAUUUUUCUUA